CUUCCCUCCCGUCAUCGUGGCUGGCGUAGCACCAGAGCGAGGCCCUCCAGCGCUGCCGUGCCACUCUACCAAGACUCUGCAGAUGCAUCUUGUCGUCAAAGGCUCACGCACCCCUCACUGUUUUCUCCUCACCUUGCUGAUCCAGGGUCCUCCUCGCUCGACUGCCAAGUGCACGCUGCCAGCACGCGUUGACAUCGUGGCAGUGAAGCUGUGUCUCCACUCGCAUGCCGCGCCUCUCCGUCGGUGCAAAAUUCCAACUUUCGCCCGUUGCCAAUUCAGGCACCUACUCCUGGCAGAUCCGAGACCCGCACCGUUUGGCCUGCGUGCCUGGCACAUCGCUCCGGGGACACCUGAAUCUCAUGAUAGACACAAUCAGAUCUGUAGAUCCUCAGAGCUCCUGGAGCCUGGUAACUUUGACUAGUAGUUAUGCAGACCUCGAGUCCGUCAUCCAGCUACCGCAGCGCCACAGUCAAAGUGAUGGCUUUAUCGCGCGGUGAUCUUGGGUGGUCCUGACUCCUAUGCUGACGAGACGAUGAUGCAAGGAUGGGCCUACCCGCACCACCCGUAGGCCGUCACCACGCGCUUGCGACCCUGGUCUGAAAAUGACAACGGUUCGUUUCAGACGCACCCUGGUCGCUCUCACACCAGUCGAUCGAGCAAGCGAGACCGACUAUACGGGCAGUUUCAAUAGCCACUCGUUGUUGAGCGGACUAUUGUCUGACGAACGCCUCCAUCGAUAGUGCAUACCACGAAUUGAGACUGCAGCUUGAAGGGAGCAGUUUGCAUUUUGUUGCUAUGAGACGUGUCUUGACCACUGUGCAGUUGAGGUCUGGGCGUUUCAAGGCUGCCAUCAUCGAAUACGCGUCGCAAUCUUGCUUUGCAUACUGAUGAGCAAACUGUACCAUACUUACAGUCCAUUCCGGCCAGACUAUAGUUAUGCUCCGGUGUCAUUGAGCAACAAACAAUGCCUUGUUGUUUGCCGACAGUCGUUGUCCAUAACAAAUCACGCCAUCUGCGACGGCAAGGUGUACGCUGCAAACGACACAGCGCCUUCACACGAUUGACUAACACUUCGCUGUACAACCCCAACCCCACUGCAGCGGAGCAGAAGAGAGACCAAUUGGCACAUGCGAAAUCCCAGACACUGCGUGGUUACUGGGGAGGCUGUUUGUACAACGUCGAGGCUGGAGUCACACCAAAC